CUGUUGAUUAGAAUCUGAUUCUUGUUUUGAAAGAAGAAAAUGGCAGAAGUUGCGCCAGCUCCCGCCGCCGCUCCGGCCAAGGCAGCCAGGAAGAAGACCACCAAGCCCAAAAAGGCUGGUCCUAGCGUUGGCGAACUGAUCGUGAAAACUGUGGCCGCUUCCAAGGAGCGCAGCGGCGUGUCUGCUGCUGCCCUCAAAAAGGCACUGGCUGCCGGAGGAUACGAUGUGGACAAGAACAAAGCCCGCGUCAAGACCGCCAUCAAGAGCCUGGUGGCGAAAGGCACCCUGGUUCAGACCAAGGGUGUCGGCGCCUCCGGGUCGUUCAAGAUGAGCAAAACCGUGGACAGCAAAGCCAAGAAGCCCGCAAAGAAAACUGCCGCUCCUAAAGCCAAGAAACCCGCAGCCAAGAAGCCCGCAGCGGUCAAGACGCCCAAGAAAGCCGUAGCAGCCAAGAAGCCCGCAGCUGCAAAGAGGUCUCUCAAGAAGAUCAAGAAGCCCGCUGCGCCCAAGAAGACCGCCAAGAGCCCUAAGAAGGCCACCAAGAGUCCCAAGAAGGUGGUGAAAAAGGCUCCUGCCGCCAAGAAGACUCCAACUAAGAAGGCAGCCAAACCCAAGGCCAAGAAGGCAGCUCCCAAGAAGAAGUGAAUUCAGUCCUCACUAUACCAGAUGUCUAAACAAAGGCUCUUUUAAGAGCCACCAAAUUAUCCAAAGAGCUUUAUUCCAUUUAAACAAUAUUUUCGAUGCAUUUUUUACAUGUUUUAUUAACUAUUUAUAAAAGCAAGACUGUAUCUUCAAACCUGAACCAUGUGUCCUGCACUAACAGCAGAAUCUGUAACAGUUUGAAAACUUAUUUUUUUGAAAGCUCUAAAGAGGUUGAUGAUUUCAACUUCUUUGCACCUGGACCCCAUAACUGGUCCAGCUCUAGAAUA